AUAUCUGUCAGGACUUUUCACCAUAUCAAAAGACAAUAUGAGUGAUUUAAUUCACAGUAAUGGAGUGCUGGUCAUCCACCAUUUACAGAAAAACUACAGGGACUACCUUGACUUCCUGAACUUCAUGUCCUCUGUUGGAGAUCCCCGGAACAUCCUUUCAGUUUAUUUUCCUCUCUGGUUCCAGCUCAGCCAAAUUGUUGGUACAAAAAUGAUAUGGGUGGCAGUGAUUGGAGACUGGUUCAACCUAAUUUUUAAAUGGAUUUUAUUUGGUCAUCGUCCUUACUGGUGGGUGCAAGAAGCUUUGUUGCAUCAGAACAAUUCACUUCCACAGCUUGAACAGUUCCCUAUUACCUGCGAAACAGGCCCAGGCAGUCCCUCCGGCCAUGCUAUGGGGUCUUCGUGUGUAUGGUAUGUGAUGGUUACCUCUGCACUCAGCUUCACAAGAGCACACAGGGAUAACUCGCAAAACAAACUGCACCGGCUCACCUGGUCAGUUCUCUGGAUGGCUUUUUGGGUCAUUCAGGUCAGUGUGUGCAUCUCCAGAGUGUUCAUUGCCACACACUUCCCUCAUCAGGUGGUCCUCGGAGUAUUUGCAGGCAUGCUCGUUGCAGAAGCAUUUGAGCACAUCCCUGCAAUUCAGACAGCAAGUUUAAAAGUAUAUAUUACAACAAAUCUAUUUUUGUUUUUCUUCGCACUUGGCUUCUACCUUAUCCUUAAAAUGAUCGAUAUUGACCUUUUGUGGUCAGUUCCAAAAGCUAAAAAGUGGUGUGCUAAUCCAGAGUGGAUCCACUUUGAUACUACCCCUUUUGCAGGACUGGUCAGAAAUUUAGGAGCUCUCUUUGGGCUAGGCCUAGCCAUCAACUCCCAGAUGUUCCUUCAAAGCUGUAGAGGCAAGAAUGGGUAUAAGACCAGUUUUAAACUGAUGUGCAUAGCCACCACACUAACCACUUUGCAAUUUUAUGAUUUCAUAAAGAUCCCCACCCAUACAGAGCUUCUUUUUUAUGUUUUGUCUUUUGUUAAAAGCGCAGUGGUUCCACUCACUGUAGUUGCACUCAUUCCAUAUUGCAUCCAUCUGUUAAUGGGGUGCAGUGAUAAGAAACUGGAUUAG